ACCAUCGGAAACAAACUUGUUUCGAAGUUGGAAAAUCAUCUAUACCUGUGUAUAAUCUGCACGCCCACGAUUCGGGGUGGUCCCGGGGGUCAAAAAACUGCGCAUUAUACAUAGGUAUCUGCGGUAAUGAGGCCAUUUACCAUGUAGUUAGCUUUUGAUCGAUAUUUUGAUCGAUACAGGAACGUUCGAUCCGAUGUAUCGAUCGAACCCUGAAUACCGGUAUUCGAUACAUAUCGAGAACAGAACUGGCAGUGGCACCUGACAAAGAAAAUGGCAACAUGUGAUCUGGAGAUGCUGAAAGACAUACCAGGGUACAAAAUAGUCUUGAAGGCAGUGCUCAAAGGCCAAAUACAGCAACUGGUUCAACAGUUGGCUGACCAAACAGAUGAGGAGUCAGUCAUUUUAACGGCAAGUGUUUCUGACGGAACCUUAAGUCAUCUAGGUUCUGAGUCUGGUAAAGGAUUCUUGGAAGACCACGAAGAUAUAAAAACACAAUUUCUAGGCUUCUGUCUGAAAAAUCGGCACAAACAGUGGUUGGAAAAGAAUAACCAUGGUGGUACUACAAGCGUUCAGACCUCAUCCAAGGAGCCUGAUCUACCUCAUCUGUCUUUGAAGCAGGGUGUUAUGCUUAGUCGUUCAUCACCUAGGCUUAGACACGCACCAUACAUUGUUAAAAGGGCUACAAGUAACAAAGCUCUAAAUGUAAAAAACAAUAACAGUCUAAAUGAAACCAGUACAGUUUCAAAAACACCUGUGACAGAAAGUCCUAAAGCUGUGUCAGACAAUAGCAUUAAAUUUAAAGUUGAAAUUCUGGAAAAUAAAGAGGAAUCAACAAAUGUUGGAGAAAUUGGUAAAUUAGGAGCUGAUCAAGAUGUGAAAACAGUGAAACAGUCAGUAGCUAAAAGGGAAGCAUUUGAGAAUCGGCCUCAAAGUCAGAAUGAGGCUACAUUCCAAAAUGAGGCUGAAAAAACUUGGUUAGACAGUGAUUAUGAAUCGCUUCCCGUGAGUGAAAAUAGCAACAAAGUUAUUCCAGAGGGUCUCUUUGUAAACUCAGGCUUUGCAAACUUAAUGGGUGCAGACAAGUCAGAUAGUGAAAAUAAGACAGAAUCUGACAUUGACACAUAUGUAACUGUUAAGGUUGAGGCGAUAUCAGACUCUGACACAGAGCUUGAAGAAACUAGUCAGUCUUGGGUCAAUCCUGAACAUUCAAUGGAUAUGUCUUUUAAUCCAGAUACUGAUGCUCUAGACAGUCAUGAUGACACUUCCAUGCAACACUCGCAAAUUACUGAUAGUUGUGAGAUGAUGCAGGAUGACCCAGACAUAUCAAUUGGACAGCAGCAGUUUAUGGAAUGGAUGCAGCAGAAAAGUAAGAAUGAGCCUAAAAAGCGGUUUGGAACACGCUGUAGAGAUGAAACAAGACAAAAAUUAGCAGGAGCAGUAAAGCAAACUGGAAAGAGUUCGGAAAGGUCAAAUAGAACAGCAGCUAUGGUGUUCAGACAGUUUUUGAUUGAAAAGAACGAGGAUAUAAAUUUUGAGUAUAUAGAGAAAAGUAAACUAGCUGAGCUACUUUCUGAUUUCUAUAUCAAUGCACGAACCAAGGAUGGAACUAUGUAUAAAUCUAAAAGUUUAACACACAUGCGAUAUUCAUUGAACCAGUAUUUCAAGUCUCCACCACACUCGAGAAACUUUGAUAUACUCCAUGAUGAAGAAUUUGCCCAUGCUAAUAAAGUGUUCAAAGUUGCUCUGCAAGAAAUACUGGCUUCUGGAAAAGGAGGAAUCACUCAUCAUCCGAUAAUUUCCAACAGCGAUCUAAUUACUCUUUACAGCAGUAAUUGUUUGUCUACAAAUACACCGAGUGGUUUGCAAAACCGAGUUCAAAUGAACAUUCGUCUUACAUUCUGUUGUGAGGUCAACGAAAAAAUGGCAAAAAUGACAAAAAGUACAUUCAUGUUUGCAAUCGAUUCAGAUGGUACCCAAUAUGUUUACAUGCAAGCAAAGUCAGAAGACACUGAUAACGUAGCAAAAGCAAAUGAAAAAGCACUUGCUCAAAUGAAAGAAGACAAAGAGCACCCUGAACUCUGUCCAGUUCAGAAUUUUAAGACAUACUUAUCAAAGUUGCAUCCGCUUUCUGACAAACUAUGGCAGUAUCCAGUCGAGGUACAAAAUGUAUGCUCAGAAGAUCAGUUCUGGUACCAAAAUAAACACAUGGGAAAGAAUACCCUUGCAAAAUUCAUGUCAAGUCUAAGUAGAACAGCUGGGCUGUCGAAACUCUACACAAAUCAGAGCAUUAGAAUGACUGGGAAUAGUAUACUCAAUAAGGGAAGUUAUUCCCUACAGGAAGUCAUAGUGCAUGCAGCAGAGAAGAAAAAGAAAAAAUAGAUUGAAUAGCAUAUAGAGCAUGUGGCUGUCACUUCUUGAGGUGCAGUGAUAUAGGGGUAAAUGCCAGUGGUUCAAAUCCCACUACUAGUAGAAAAGUUUCUUUUCUUUUUUUUUCUCAAGACACAAGUGCUGGUCAGAAGUUAACUAUUUACCUCUUGACUCCUUAUAUAAAUUGGUUGUUAAUAGUUUAUACUAUUGACUGGGAUAUAGUUAAACACAAAAUUUUGCGAGGCAAAAGUCUAAGGAAAAAUUUUAGUUGUGUAAUAAAACACUUACUGACAGGCUGACUGGUCAGCGAUCAAAACUAUUCAGCAGUGGUCCUAAUGAGACCUCAGGCAAUAUCUUUUCCUAUUGACCAGCAAGCCAUUUAAUGAAUGUUUUGUUACAUGACAUCAGAAUUUACUUUUACAAUUUUAUUUUAAAAAUUUUGACAUAAUAUGAUAUUGUGUUGAAAAUAGAUUUAUAUGAGAAGUCAUUUAAUUACACGUAUUAUUAAAAAUUUUGUUACCUGUAAAAUGAUAACUACAGAUCAGUUUAAAUGAAUUUCUAUAUGGUAAUUUUUUCACUGUUUGGCAAACUCUAGAGAAAUAUUUCGCCUCUAAAUUGAAUAAAAACAUUUUAGUAAAAUGUGGUUUGUAUAUGCUAAUGAGUUGAUCAAGGCCACUGGAAAUUUGAACUUGCUUCAGUUUUUUCUGUUUUGUUGAUGUUUUUAGCUCACCUGUCACGUAGUGACAAGGUGAGCUUUUGUGAUUGCAUUUCGUCCAUUGUCCGUCGUCCUGCUGUCCUUUCAUAAUUUCUUUUGAUCACAAUAGGGACUAUAUUUUGCAAUGGAUUUUCAUCAGACUUGCACACAACUUGUAUUGGCAUAAUAUCUUGGUUCCUUUCGAAAACUAACCAUCAUGGGUUCAAGAGUUAUGGCCCCUUAAAGAGCCAAAAUUUGUUAUUUUGGCAUGUGAAUAUGAUAGAGACCUCAUUUUGCAAUGGAUUUUAAUCAAACUUGCACACAAUUUGUAUUUGCAUAAUAUCUCGGUUACUUUCGAAAACUGGCCAGAUCCCGUUGUGUGUACCAGAGUUAUGGUCCCUUAAAGUGUAAAAAAUUUCAUAUUUUGGCUUUUGCAACCAUAUAGAGACUUCAUUUAUGGUUUGAUUUGAUACAAACUUGCAAAUUAUCUUAAACAACAAUAGAUCUUGGAUUCCAUGAUGAAUACGUCAGAUCUAAUAAAAGGUUUUGGAGUUACGGCCCCUGAUUGACCUCUGAAAGAGCCAAAAUUUGUUAAUUUUUACCUUGUUAACACCAUAGAAGUGACAUUUUACAUUUGAUUUUAACCAUACUUUUGACACAAAAAAGAUUUUGAUUCCUUUAGUAGACUGACUAGAUUCCAUCAUGGGUUCUAGAGUUAUUGCCUCUGGAUUGGGCAAAAUGUGCCAGCCAUAUAGAGGUUUCAUUUAUUCUUUGAUCUGAUACAAACUUGCAUAGAAUAUUGAUCUUGAUGAUCUCAGGCCAAGUUCAAAACUAGGUCAUGUGGGGUCAGAAAGUAGGUCACGAGUCAAAUCAAAGGAAAAGCUUGUUAACACCUUAGAUGCCACAUUUUUGAACCUUUCUUCAUGAAACUUGGUCAGAAUGUUUAUCUUGAUGAUUCCUAGGCCUAGUUCGAAACUGGGUCAUUUUGGCUCAAAGACUAGUUAUCCCAAUCAAAUCAAAGGAAAAGCUUUUUAACACUGUUGAGGCCACAUGUAUGACCAUAUCUUCAUGAAACAUGGUCAGAAUGUUUAUUUUGAUCAUUCCUAGGCCAAGUUCCAAACUGGGUCAUGCAGGGUUAAAAACUAAGUCAUUGUUCAAGUCAAAGGAAAAGCUUGUUAACACCUUAGAUGCCACAAUUUUUAACCUUUCUUCAUGAAACUUGGUCAGAAGUUUAUCUUGAUGAUUCCUAGGCCUAGUUCGAAACUGGGUCAUUUUGGCUCAAAGACUAGUUCUCCCAAUCAAAUGAAAUGAAAAGCUUUUUAACACUGUUGAGGCCACAUGUAUGACCAUAUCUGCAUGAAACAUGGUCAGAAUAUUUAUUUUGAUCAUUCCUAGGCCAAGUUCCAAACUGGGUCAUGCAGGGUUAAAAACUAAGUCAUUGUUCAAAUCAAAGGAAAAGCUUGUUAACACUGUAGAGGCCAUAUUUAUGACCCUAUCUUCAUGAAACUUGAUAAGAAUAUUUAUCUUGAUGAUUCCCAUGCCAGGUUCGUAUCUGGGUCAUGUGGGAUCACCACUCAAAGGAAAAGCUUUUUAACACUGUAGAGGCCACAUUAUGACCCUAUCUUCAUAAAACUUGAAACAGAAUGUUUAUCUUGAUGAUUUCAAGGCCAAGGUUAACAGGUGAGCGUUAUAGGGUUGUCAUGACAUCAUUGUUAUUUUGUCAGUUUUACUUGAACAUUCCAAUUUAAAAGCGUGUCACUCAGUUUUAACCAACAUUUUUACACUUUUAUGCAGUCUUUAUUCAGUCACAUUAUAAAUGAAAGUUAUGUUUAAAUUCAUCUAAAAUAAAAUUGUAAAAAAUCC